GUGUUCACCACAUGUGCGUCGUAAGUGAGUGUCAUUGACCGUCGACGCAUGUGAUUACCCGUUUAUAGACGUUGUAAAUAUCUACCUGUCCCGAGCUUCAGCGUACUGUCUUCCUAACAGCUUCGUCAUCAGCCCAGCUGUAUAAUAACAAAUUGAAGAGAAGGCGAGAUACAAGAUGAAGUCGGGUAUAUUAUGGAUGUCUCUCUUGUCGUGGUUGAUCUACACGCCUUGUUACGAGACAAGACAAACAGAGGCACCACUGUAUACACACGGCGGUGUACAUCACAGCGUGGAAGGUGACGUGUUUAUAGUUCAGCUCAAGGAGAGCUGUAACGAAAAAUGUGUGAUGGAUUUUAUACGUGACGUCACAUCAGCUGCUGAAGAAAAGGAUAUGUUGGUGGAGCUGCAACACCUCUCCCUCUCAAUGGGGACAAUGUCCAUAAUCCUCUCACAGAAAGCCCUAACAAUGGUUCGAUGGUUGGAUGAAGUCGAAUAUGUGGAAGAAGAUCAAGUAGUUCAGAUCUUUGAUGGCCAAGCCAUCAUUGGAUAACUUUUCUUCAUUUGCACUCGAUCUACCAUUAUGGUACAAUAGAAAAUAUAUACUUCUCAUAUGUGUAUAUUUUUGUUACUUCUGCACUCUCUGAUUUUUUUAUCAAAAAGUGUCGACAUUUUCCGUCUCAUUUCAUUACGGGGACAAGCAAACAUUGACAAUUUUUCAUCCAUCAUUUUCAGAAAUUUGUGUAAAUAAGUAUAAUUUGUAUUGACGAAAUAUAACAAUAAAUGGGAAUUUCGAUCCCAAAUUACGUGCUAAA